GUCGCUUCCCAGGCUUCUCCCGGAUAACGCGAGUCGUCGGUCCUUGCACGGAGGUGAGAGCCCAGGCCUCUGCGCCACUAGGCCGCGGUAAGAAGCGUCCGUCUUGUGGCGGGUGGAAGUGGGUGGCCGCGGACAGCAGGAGUGUCCAUAAGGAGAACUUUACCUCCUUGAAGAUUAAAGUGUAGUGGUUCUGAGCUUUUCUCGGUCCAAAUGUCUGCAAAACUGAGAGCAUCAACACUCCUUCCACAAACUUCUAAGGAGCCUGACAGCUUCCUGGUAGUGAAGGUGGACGGUGAUGAUGAGCAGGCCUGUGAUCUGGACUAUAGCCCAGAGACCUUCCGUCAGCGGUUCAGGCAGUUUGGCUACCAGGAGUCCCCUGGGCCCCGAGAGGCUCUGACCCGGCUCCGGGAGCUUUGCCAUCAGUGGCUGAGGCCAGAGAUGCACACCAAGCAAAAGAUUCUGGAGCUGCUGGUGCUGGAGCAGUUCCUGACCAUCUUACCAGAGGAGCUGCAGGCCUGGGUGCGAGAUCACCAACCAGAGAAUGGAGAGGAAGCCGUGUCUGUGCUAGAGGAGCUGGAGAAAGAGCUUGAUGAGCCAACUGAGCAGGUCUUUUUUGGACAAAAUGAGGACACGCUUGCUGAGAAACUAGUGCCUUGUGAAAUCAGUCAGCAGAUACCACGUAGUCGGCACAAGCCUGCAAAGCAGCAGCUGCAGUCGGCAUCACGGGAGCUUCACUCCUUCAAACGGAAUGGUAAAGACACCAGAACUAUAAAAGUGAAAUCAGCUUCAAGGCAAAAGACUUCUCCAGGCAUAGAACCACAUUAUGAUGUUUCUAACACCCUUCGUAUGAAUGCUUCCCAGAGAUUCGCAUACAGGAGAACCUGUGGACAAAAUGGCAGGUUUGAAAGAAGACAGGAAAACCCUUCUCGAAAGAAACAACACAAGUGUAAUGAAUGUGGCAGAACCUUUAGUCAAAGCUCAGCCCUUAUCCUACAUCAGAGAGUCCAUAGUGGAGAGAAACCUUAUGCAUGUGAUGUCUGUGCAAAGUCUUUCACCCGAAGCACAAACCUGAUUCAGCAUCAAAGAAUCCACACUGGAGAAAAACCCUACAAGUGUCAUGAAUGUGGGAAAGCCUUUAGUCAGAACUCAAAUCUUUUCAGACAUAGGAAAAGUCACACUCAAGAAAAAGUCCAUUCAACAUUAUAAGGGUAUCGAUGCAUUUGCUCAGAGCUUUUUCAACAGGGAGGAAGACACAAGGCACAAACACUCCAUUAGUAUAAAUCAGUGGUUUCAGUAGGCACCAGUUUCCUUUCAAAGGUCAAAAAAGCCACAGGAGAGAAUGUAAAAUAUCUUCUGUCAGCAUUGUUUGCUUUUCUGCUUAUAAAAACAGUGUCAAUUCAGAUGUUUGAGAUCCUAAAGUUUAAUUCAGAUUUCUAUUCCUAAAGCAGUCUUGAAAAGACAUGCUCAGACAAGUUCUACUAUUUCUGUUAACAGAAGUAAUGAGCUAGUUUAUUCCUUUUUAGACAAGUACAUUUUCCCUGUUGAGAAAGAAUGUGUGAGUUAGUAUAAGAAAGGAUAUUCUCCAUUUCAUAACUUGAGCAUUAGAGUUCUCAAACCAAAGAUUAAAAGAGUUUAACUUUCCAUUUGUUUUUUUGUUACCUGAUUCAAAAUAGAAUAGGAUUGAGGAGACCCCAAAGAAUAUAUGCCUCAAUACCUAGGCUGAAAGGUCCAGGAUCAGUGUUAGGAGGCAGUGAGUGAAGGGGCUUAAUCUCUUGCAAAAACUCACAAGAAUCUACAUACUGUAUAAGAAAAAAAUGAUCUCCUUUACAAUGUAAUUUGAAAACAGUGAAAAUUAAUAUGGCUGGACAUGGAGUGGCACAGACAUAAGGAAUGUUCUGAUAAUAAAUAGGGCUAUCUGUGGGUGCCCAUACAAAGUUGAUGGUCAUCUUGACAUAAAAAAGAGAGAUGAAGACUGUCCAAACAAAACUGAUGGAGCAUGCAUAUUGGCAAGUGUGGCAUAUAGUGGAGAAGUGUAUUACAGCUUACCUGGAAAAGGACAACUAUCUGACCUAAAUCAGCUGUGAACAUGUUUCAGAUAUCAUAAAGCAACCUUUACAGGGUCUUAUGCAGUCUUAGUAAGAUGAGUUUCUAGACAAGCUGUUAGUAUGUAAGACCCUGGAUAUAUAUAUAUAUAUAUAUAUAUAUAUAUAUAUAUAUAUAUAUAUAUAUAUUGGUAUCAUUAAUGUACAAUUACGUGAGCACCAUUAUGGUUACUAGACUCCCCGUAUUAUCAAGUCCCUACCAUAUGCCCCAUUACAGUCACUGUCUAUCAGCAUAGUAAGAUGCUAUAGAAUCACUACUUGUCUUCUCUGUGUUAUAGUGCCUUCCUGUGUCCCCUCCCUGCAUAUUAUGUGUGCUAAUCGUAAUGCCCCUUUUUCCUUCUUAUCCCUCCCUUCCCACCUAUCCUCCCCAGUAUCUUUCCCUUUGGUAACUGUUAGUCCAUUUUGGGUUCUGUGAGUCUCCUUUUUUGAUCCUUCAGAUUUUGCUUUGUUCUUAUACUCCAUAGGUGAGUGAAAUCAUUUGAUACUUGUCUUUCUCUGCCUGGCUUAUUUCACUUAGCAUAAUACCCUCUAGCUCCAUCCAUGUUGUUGCAAGUGGUGGGAUUUGUUUUCUUAUGGCUGAAUAAUACUCCAUUGUGUAUAUGUACCACAUCUUCUUUAUCCAUUCAUCUCCUGAUGAACACUUAGGUUGCUUCCAUUUCUUGGCUAUUGUAAAUAGUGCUGCGAUAAACAUAAGGGUGCAUAUGUCUUUUUCAAACUGGGCUCCUGCAUUUUUAGGGUAAAUUCCUAGGAGUGGAAUUCCUGGGUCAAAUGGCAUUUCUAUUUUUAGUUUUUUGAGGAACCUCCAUACUGCUUUCCACAAUGGUUGAACUAGUUUACAUCCCACCAGCAGUGUAGGAGGGUUCCCCUUUCUCAACAUCCUAACCAACAUUUGUUGUUGUUUGUCUUUUGGAUGUUGGCCAUCCUAACUGGCAUGAGGUGGUUUCUCAUUGUGGUUUUAAUUUGCAUUUCUCUGAUGAUUAGCGAUGUGGAGCAUCUUUUCAUGUGUCUGUUGGCCAUCUGAAUUUCUUCUUUGGAGAAGUGUCUGUUCAGCUCCUCUACCCAUUUUUUUAAUUGGCUUAUUUUUGUUUGUUGAGGUGCAUGAGCUCUUUAUAUAAUUUGGAUGUCAACCUUUUAUCGGAUCUGUCAUUUAUGAACAUAUUCUCCCACACUGUAAAAUGUCUUUUUGUUCUACUGAUGGUGUCCUUUGCUGUACAGAAGCUUUUUAGCUUGAUAUAGUCCCACAUGUUCAUUUUUGCUUUUGUUUCCCUUGCCCGGGAAGAUAUGUUCAUGAAGAAGUUGCUCAUGUUUAUGUCCAAGAGAUUUUUGCCUAUGUUCUUUUCUAAGAGUUUUAUAGUUUCAUGACUUAUAUUCAGGUCUUUGAUCCAUUUUGAGUUUACUUUUGUGUAUGGGGUUAGACAAUAAUCCAUUUUCAUUCUCUUAUAUGUAGCUGUCCAGUUUUGCCAACACCAGCUGUUGAAGAGGCUGUCAUUUCCCCCAUUGUAUAUCCAUGGCUCUUUUAUUGUAUAUUAAUUGACCAUAUAUGGUUGAGUUUAUAUCUGGGCUCUUUAGUCUGUUCCAUUGGUCUGUGGAUCUUUUCUUGUGCCAGUACCAAAUUGUCUUGAUUCCUGUGGCUUUGUAGUAGAGCUUGAAGUCAGGGAGCAUAAAUUCCCCCUGUUUUAUUCUUCCUUUUCACAAUUGCUUUGGCUAUUCGGGGUCUUUUGUGGUUCCAUAUGAAUUUUAGAACUAUUUGCUCUAGUUGGUUGAAGAAUGCUGUUGGUAUUUUGAUAGGGAUUGCAUUGAAUCUGUAGAUUGCUUUAGGCAGGAUGGCCAU